CAAGAGAGUUCUGCAAUAUUUCUACAAGAUGACAUCGUACCUUGAACUGCUCGGUUUGGUUGUGCUACUAAUGCUACCUUUUCUCUACGAAUCCAGUCACAUUUUUCGGUAUUAUUUUAAAUUUCUCAUCUACUAUGGCAUUGUGUCGCUCAACUCAAUUAUCCUGAUACCGGCCUUCCUGUUUCGUCCAUGUGAUGUUCGUAAUUUGCUAUGGGCGAGUGCAUUUUGUCACCGCGUAACAACCCUAAUUGGCUUACGAUGGGAGUUGCGUGGAAAAGAACAUUUAGAAAAGGAUCGAGCCUGUAUUAUUGUGGCAAAUCAUCAAUCGUCAUUGGACGUUUUAGGAAUGUUUAACAUCUGGCCGGUAAUGAACAAAUGCACGGUGGUUGCUAAACGUGAACUAUUUUAUGCAUGGCCAUUUGGUUUGGCCGCCUGGCUGGCCGGUCUGAUAUUCAUCGAUCGUGUUAGGGGUGAAAAGGCCAGAGACACACUUAACCAAGUCAACAGCAAAAUCAAGAAGCAGAAUAUCAAAUUGUGGGUAUUUCCCGAAGGAACACGACGAAAUACCGGUGAAUUACACAGUUUCAAAAAAGGUGCCUUUCACAUGGCCAUCGACGAGCAGAUACCCAUCUUACCAGUGGUCUUCAGCUCGUACUGCACUUUUUUGAAUGAUAAAAAGAAAAUCUUAAACGCCGGCAAUAUUAUAAUAACAGCAUUGCCCGCCCUUAGCACAGAAGGACUAACCAAAGAUGAUUUGCCCGAGUUAAUGGACAGAGUGCAUAAACUGAUGUCCGAUACAUUUAAGCAGACAUCGAGUGAAAUUGUACAGCGGUAUGCUUCGAAAUCGAUAAAAAGCAAAACUGCAUCGGGACAAACUGAUGUUGAACUGACAGUGCAAUUAGCAGCCCAAAAACCAUUGGAUGCCUCCUCGCCCCACUCUGUUAAAGCAGCCACAAGUCAUGCGGCGUCAUGUGAUCUAUCCACGACUGCGGUGGAGACGACAACGCCCGCAGUGACAACUAGUCAAGCUCAAGACAUUGUAAAUAAGGUCACAGCAACAGAACUUAAAGAUGUCCCUAAAAAAGCCAACUGUCAAGCAGCAUUAGUUAAUUAG